UGGCUUCAUCAUCAUCAUCAUCAUCAUUUCGGAGUACUGUCAACAACAUUUGUGAUCUACUCUGCCACGCCCACUGCAAUCCCAUUCGGAUUGUUUUCCUCUCCCUUCUAGGGACCUGUUCCUCCAUCUUCCUAUCUCACAUGCUCGCCCUGAGAUAAUGCACUCCACCCUCAACCGCGCCCAAGCCGUCUUCGGCUUCUUCACCACCGUCGCGCUCGUCGUCGCCGGGCUGGCCGCGCUGUCUGUGCUGCUGUAUCCGACGGACGGGGUCACGUCGCAGGUCCAGCUGCGGGAUGUCAAGGUAAUAAAAGGGCGCCCGCAUUACUACUCGACGCGGAAGGAAGAGUACGCGCAGCUGCGCUUUGAUCUGGAUGCUGAUCUCACCCCCCUCUUCAACUGGAACACCAAACAACUCUUCGUCUACGUCUACGCCGCCUACCCGUCCGACCCGACCAACGCCUCCUCGUCCGCCGUCUCCCACGCCGUCGUCUGGGACACCAUCCUCUCCGCCCCGGAGUCGGCGUACUCGUUUGCCGCGCUGAAGGAGCGCUUCUUCCCUCCUGCGUCGGCCGCCAAGCGCAAAAGUGGCGGUAAAAGCACGGCCGGCCGCAAGGCGCCGGCGAGCAGCAAGAAGACGGCCGGAAAAGCAGCGAAGGGCACAGCGGCGGCGCCGGGCAUCCUGCGGCUGCGCGACCAGAAGGCCAAGUACCAGAUCGGGGAUGUUUCGGGCAGAAUGGCCGAGCGCGAGAACGUCACGCUGGCCGUCGGAUGGAAUGUGCAGCCGUGGGUCGGCGCGCUGUGGUGGAGUCCCGGGUCGGGCAGUGUGCCCCGGACGAUGGGGGGUGUUGGGGCUAGUCCUGCGUUUGAUUUGCCGGCGUUGAGGAAGGUGGGUGCUGCUGCUGCUGCGCAGCAGCAGCAGCAGGGGAAGAAGGUUGUUUAGGGGUGGG